AUGGGAUACAUCGUCGGAAGUCUUCAAGUGGCGUUGGUCUUUACCAUCUGUUGCACAGAUUCAAUUUUCGCUCAUUAUCCACUGCCACUCGAGGCCGUUCUCGCCAGAGUAAAUCGGGUUCCACACUCACUUUCGCUGGGCAAAGAAGUUGCAGCUGGAGCUGGUGACAGAGGGACCAGAAUCGUUGGCGGAAGCAAGACAACUAUCGAGGACGUUCCUUAUCAGGUUUCGCUGCGGUAUUUCAAUAAUCACAUCUGCGGUGGAUCCAUCAUAUCUCACGCGUGGAUACUGACGGCUGCCCACUGUCUGGAUUGGUAUCCCAAAAAUGAUGAAAUUUCAGUUCGUGCUGGGAGCACCAACCAAUCGACGGGAGGAUCGCUGCAUGCCGUGUUCUACUACCAUUUGCAUGAGCGCUACGACCCGGUCGAGUUCCAGUGGGACGUGGCUACCAUUCGCGUGCAAACACCCAUAGUGGAGGGUCCGGGAAGGGUCGCCAUUUCGCUGUCAUCUGCGUCCGAGUGGUCGGUCGAUGCGCCCGUUACGGUGGCGGGUUGGGGUCAUCUCAUCUACAAAGGCAGGGUCGUCGAUAACUUGCAGCUGGUCCAGCUGGAUGUUGUUUCGCGGGAGAUUUGCAACCAAAGUUGGACCGGCUACAUAACGGAAGACAUGAUUUGUGCCGGUGGACUCGGGAAGGAUGCUUGCGCUGGGGAUAGUGGUGGACCGGCGGCCCAGGGUGGUGUGCAGUAUGGGAUAGUGUCGUGGGGUGCCAUCGAGUGUGGGAACGGGCUGCCGGGAGUGUUCACCAACAUCGCUCAUCCGUCGAUUCGGAAUUUCAUUCGCCGUACCACCAUGGUGUAAUU